AUGCAUAGAACCAAUCCACGAAUUCCUACAAACCGCCGAAAAUGCAUAGCCAUAAUUGUUGCAGCAAUUAUACUACAAACCCUAAUCAUAGUAGUCUUUGGUCUGAUAUUCUUGCGCGUCACAACUCCCAAAGUCCGGUUCAGCUCCGUUACCGUUGAAAAACUAACGGUCAAUUCAACCACACCCUCCUUCAGCAUCAGGCUCAAAGGAGAAGUAACGGUGAAGAACAAGAAUUUCGGGCACUUCAAAUUCUCCGACAGCGAAAUCUCGGUCCUUUACCGGGGGAGCGCCGUCGGCAAUGCGGCGGUUCCCGGUGGCCGCGCCGGAGCGCGGUCCACUAAGAAGCUGAACGUGACUGUGGCGGCGGAGUCUAAAAGCGGAACUACUCCUAAUUUGCGCGGCGACUUGAAUUCUGGUAAGAUUGCGUUGACCGGUCAAGCAACUUUGAGCGGGAAAAUUCAUCUGUUUAAAGUUAUUAAGAAGAGGAAGACGGCAACAAUGGAUUGUAGGAUGGAUGUUAAUACCAAGACACGCGCCGUUGAGAAUUUAGAAUGCAACUAA